AGGCCGCUACUGUAUAAAACAAAAAAACAAGAAACUAAACCCCCAAAUUUCCAAAACCCUACAAUCCAAAAAUUGAAAUCUCCCUCUCAAACUCCAUUGGCCUCUCCUCUCUCCUCUCUUCUCUUCUCUCCAGAUACACACACACAUUACACACACAACUCUUCAAAGCCUCUCAAUCAAGUGCAGUUUCGGAUCUGUCAGCCAGCACAAACCGAGACCAAUUAGACUUCUUCGCACACACACAGAGAGAGCAAUUCUAGGGUUUACAAAUCUCGGUUUUUCCAGACAUGUCCUGGGAAAACGAGAUUAAUCUGAGCGAUGUUAGCAGCGCAGGUCUCGUUGUUAGUGACCGAAUUGGCCGUGACGUGGCUUCUCACCUUGAUUUAGAGGAAGCUCUUGAAGCUUCCAGAUACUCCAGCCAUCCCUAUUCUACUCAUCCCAGAGAGUGGCCUCCUUUGGUUGAAGUAUUGGACACUUGGGAGUUGCCCCCUGUAUUAGUUGAAAAAUAUAAUGCGGCUGGUGGUGAAGGAACUGCGUUAUGUGGAAUAUUUCCAGAGAUACGCAGGGCCUGGGCUUCUGUGGAUAAUACAUUAUUCAUGUGGCGAUUUGAUAAGUGGGAUGGUCAAUGUCCUGAAUAUAGUGGAGAGGAAGAAGCUAUAUGUGCUGUUGGCUUGGCCAAAGCUAAACCUGGGAUUUUUGUAGAGGCCAUUCAGUAUCUCUUAAUCUUGGCAACUCCGGUUGAGAUAAUCCUAGUGGGAGUGUGCUGCAGCCGGAAAGGUGAUGGAACUGAUCCAUUUGCUGAGGUUUCACUACAGCCUUUGCCGCAGUAUAUUGUACCAUCUGAUGGUAUAACAAUGACAUCUGUUGCGUGUACCGAUAGAGGUCAUAUUUUCCUGUCUGGUCGUGAUGGCCACAUAUAUGAACUACAGUAUACUACUGGUUCAGGUUGGCAUAAGCAUUGUCGUAAAGUAUGUGUGACAGCAGGUCUGGAAGGCGUUAUUUCCAGAUGGCUUUUACCAAGUGUAUUCAAGUUUGGAGCUGUUGACCCAAUUGUGGAAAUGGUUGUUGAUAAUGAAAGGCAGACGUUGUAUGCUCGGACAGAAGAGAUGAAAAUCCAAGUUUAUUCUUUGGGGCCAAAUGGGGAUGGACCUCUUAAGAAAGUGGCAGAAGAGAGAAAUUUGAUCAGCAAGGAUUUACAUUAUGGCGGUAGGCAAGCAUCAGGAAAUAGAACCAGUCGAUCUACAAAGACUUCCAUAGUUUGCAUUUCUCCUUUAUCAACAUUAGAAUCAAAAUGGAUACACCUUGUUGCUGUUCUAUCAGAUGGCAGGAGAAUGUACCUGUCAACUACUCAAUCUAGUGGAAAUAAUGGUUCUGUGGGAGCUCUGGGUGGCUUCAGUAAUAGUCAUCAGAAACCUAGCUGCUUAAAAGUUGUAACAACCAGGCCGCCGCCUCCUUUAGGGGUUGGUGGUGGGCUUGCCUUUGGACCCAUGUCUCUUGCUAGUAGAUCACAUAAUGAUGAUCUGUCUCUGAAGAUAGAAUCAGCUUAUUAUGCUGUUGGAACUCUUGUCCUUUCUGAUUCAUCUCCGACCACUGUUUCCUCCCUAUUAAUUGUGAACAAGGACUCAACUACACAAUCAUCAUCUGGCAACAUAGGGACAGGUGCUAGAACUUCCAAGGCACUAAGAGAAUCUGUAUCUUCCUUGCCCAUUGAAGGGCGCAUGCUGUUUGUGGCAGAUAUCUCACCCAUGCCGGAGGCAGGAGCCACGUUACAGUCACUAUAUUCUCAGUUGGAGUUUCUUGGAUUUGAUAGGUCGAUGGAAUCUUGUGAAAGAUUAACUGAAAAGAUAUGGGCUAGGGGUGAGCUUCAAACUCAACAUAUACUUCCUAGAAGGAAAAUUGUGGUGUUCAGUACCAUGGGCAUGAUGGAAAUAGUUUUCAACCGUCCAGUGGACAUCCUGAGGAGGUUGCUCGAGUCAAGCUCCCCUAGAUCAAUAUUAGAAGAUUUCUUCAAUCGAUUCGGAGCUGGAGAGGCAGCUGCAAUGUGUCUAAUGAUAGCUGCAAGGAUCGUUCAAACUGAAAACCUUAUAAGCAAUGUUGUUGCCGAGAAGGCAGCUGAGGCUUUUGAGGACCCACGAGUUGUUGGAGUACCCCAACUUGAAGGUAGCAGUGGUUUGUCGAAUACCAGAACUGCAGCUAGUGGGUUUAGCAUGGGUCAGGUUGUUCAAGAGGCCAACCCUGUAUUUUCUGGUGCUUAUGAAGGGCUCUCUUUAUGCUCAUCAAGGAUACUUUUACCUCUUUGGGAGUUUCCUGUCAUGGUCUCGAAAUGUGAUAUAGCUUCAUCAGAUCGUAUGGAUGAAAACGGUAUAAUUGUAUGCAGGCUUUCAAUAGAGGCAAUGCAAGUCCUUGAAGACAAACUUCGUUCUCUAGAGAGGUUCCUUAAGUCUAGAAAAAAUCAGAGGCGUGGACUAUAUGGCUGUGUCUCUGGUCUUGGAGACUUGACAGGUUCAAUUUUAAUUGGAAUGGGUUCCGACCUGGGUGCAAGUGACCGAAGUAUGGUUCGAAAUUUGUUUGGACCCUAUCCUCGAAAUGUUGAGUCGAGCGAAGCUGUUUUAUCCAAUAAAAGGCAACGGCUUCCCUAUAGUUCUGCAGAACUAGCUUCAUUUGAGGUGAGGGCGAUUGAAUGCACCAGGCAAUUGCUCCUCCGAUGUGGUGAAGCUUUGUUUCUGCUUCAACUUCUUUCGCAGCAUCAUGUCACACGAUUAAUUCAGGGCUUUGAUGAGAAUAUAAAACGAGCAUUGGUUCAGUUAACGUUUCAUCAGUUAGUCUGCUCUGAGGAGGGUGACCGACUUGCUACAAGGCUUGUAUCUGCAUUGAUGGAGUAUUAUACAGGUCCUGAUGGAAGGGGGACAGUAGAUGAUAUAAGUGGUAGACUACGUGAUGGUUGUCCAAGCUAUUACAAAGAGUCUGAUUACAAAUUUUACUUGGCUGUUGAACGUCUUGAGCGAGCAGUUGCUACCCCUAAUAAGGAGGAAAGGGAAAGUCUUGCAAGAGAAGCUUUUAGUUAUUUGAGCAAAGUUCCAGAGUCUGCAGACCUGAGAACUGUUUGUAAACGCUUUGAGGACUUAAGAUUCUAUGAAGCUGUGGUCCGCCUACCACUGCAAAAGGCACAAGCUGUAGAUCCUGCUGGGGAUGCUUCCAAUGAGCAUAUAGAUGCAGGAAUUCGAGAAUAUGCACUUGCUCAGCGUGAGCAGUGCUAUGAGAUUAUUACCAAUGCUUUGCGUGCUUUGAAGGGUGAUGUUUCACAAAGGGAAUUGCGGUCUCCAAUUAGGCCUGUGGCCCAAUCUACUCUUGAUCCAGCCUCUCGGAAAAAAUAUAUAUGCCAGAUUGUUCAGCUUGGUGUACAAUCACCUGAUAGAGUUUUCCAUGACUAUUUAUACCGAACUUUAAUUAAUUUGGGCCUUGAAAAGGAAUUGCUAGAAUUUGGAGGCCCUGAUCUAGUUCCUUUCCUGCAAAAUGCUUGUCGUGAACCUUUACAAGAGGUCAGGGCUGCUUCUGCGAUGGCAUCAGCAACAGUUCCAUCAAAUCAAGCUAAAUACUUUGAGCUUCUAGCACAGUAUUAUGUCAUGAAAAGACAACAUGUCUUAGCUGCUCAUGUAUUGUUGAGACUUGCAGAAAGGCGCUCCACAAAUGAUGAAGUUGCCCCUACACUCGAACAGAGGCGUCAAUACCUGACUAAUGCAGUGCUACAGGCAAAGAGUGCAAGUGAUGGUGAUGGCAUAGUAGGUUCUUCAAGGAGUGCUUUAGAUGACGGACUGUUGGAUUUACUGGAAGGAAAACUCACCGUUCUUCAGUUUCAGAUAAAGAUCAAAGAUGAAUUGGAGGCAAUGGCUUCUAAGUUAGAGGCCUCCACGUACCCGUCUGAACCUGUUGCAGGUGAUAUACCAACUGACGGCGUCAUGUAUGAUGCCAAUAUUUUACGGACAGCACGAGAGAAGGCGAAAGAAUUAUCACUGGAAUUGAGGAGUAUUACACAAUUAUACAAUGAAUAUGCUGUUCCCUUCGAGCUUUGGGAGAUAUGCUUGGAAAUGUUGUAUUUUGCAAACUACUCGGGGGAUGCUGAUAGUAGCAUCGUAAGGGAGACUUGGGCGAGACUUCUCGAUCAAGCUCUUUCAAAUGGAGGCAUUGCUGAAGCUUGUUCUGUUUUAAAAAGAGUUGGGUCUCAUAUCUACCCUGGAGAUGUAUCUAUCUUACCUUUGGAGACAUUGUGUCUUCAUCUUGAAAAGGCCUCCCUGGACCGAUUAACUUCAGGAGUGGAAUCUGUUGGGGAUGAAGAUGUUGCAAGGGCUCUGAUUGCUGCCUGCAAGGGAUCAACUGAGCUUGUUUUUAAUACUUAUGAUCAGCUGAUAUCCAGUGGAGUAGUUCCGCAGCCACUAAGUUUGAAGUUGCGGCUUCUGCGCUCAGUGCUGACUGUACUUCGGGAGUGGGCUAUGUCUGUGUAUGCCCAGAGAAUGGGUACAAGUAAACAAGGUGUUCGUGACAAGAUCACUAGUGCUGCAAACAGAUAUAUGACAGAGGUGCGAAGGUUGCCCCUUCCGCAAAAUCAGACAGAAGCUGUGUAUCGUGGGUUUAGAGAACUCGAGGAGUCACUUUUAAGUCCUUAUCAUCUUGACCGAUUCUGAUGUUCAAUCAAAGCAUUUCUCUGUUGUAUGUAUCUGAAUAAUAGUCAUAGAAAUGUUUUAUUAUUGUUUAGGUGUGUUACCAUGUAGAUUAUAAAGGAUGAUGUUACCAAUUUUUUCAUCUACAAAUUUUUCAUCCUUUAUAUAAAUAUACCCGUGUCCAGAGGCAAAUAUGUGUGAAGUCUGAAGAUAUAGAAAUCAGGAUAAUUCAGUGCUUGGUUCUAUAUGUAAACCAGGUAACACAAUGUAUUUUGUUCCUACGCAACUUGACAAAUCAGGCAUUUCCUAGUUGUAUGAUUUUAGUUAGACGUAGCAUGUGUAUGAAAAACUUGAUGUAACAUGAGGAUGUUUGACUAUUCUUAUAAUAGGUCACUUAUUGUUUUAAGUUAUAA